AUGGACUGGAUCCCUACAAGUCCCUUGCAGUGGGCGUACGAGUAUUACAAUGUCGACUGGCUGUUUGCCCAGACCCCCUCUGAGAGCAGCUUUGCCAAUGCUUUUGGCCAGGAGGCUGGCAACGCGGGAGACGAGGACAACUUUGUUAUUGAUCAGCGUGGCUACAAGUACAUCUUUGUCCAGGAGGCUCGCGAGAUCUUUGGCCAGAACCUUGAGGACCCUCGUCUUCACCUCAGUACCACUGUCAAGACAAUCGACUACUCGGCCGCCGAAAGUGGCGGAGACAUUGUCGUCACUACCACCGACGGCCAGACUUUCUCGGCUCCUCACGUCAUUUCCACCUUUUCCGUCGGCGUUCUUCAGAACCAGGAUGUCAACUUCGUCCCCAAGCUUCCCGACUGGAAGAAGGAGGCCAUUUUCACGUUUGCAAUGACCACCUACCAGAAGAUCUUUAUCAUGUUCGACGAGCAGUUCUGGGGCCCGGAGCAGUACAUGAUGUACGCCGACCCCGACCAGCGUGGUCGCUACACCGUGUGGCAGAACAUCAACGCUCCUGGAUUCUUCCCGCAAGGCACCACGGCCAACCUUGUAAUGGUCACUGCUAUCGACGACUUUGCCCGUCGCAACGAGAAGCUUACCGACGACGAGGUCAAGGAGGAGGUCUACCAGAUCCUCAAGGAAAUGUACGGCAACGACAUUCCCAAGCCGACGGACAUUCUGGUCCCCCGCUGGACGCUCGACCCCCUGUACCGUGGCACCUACUCCAACUGGCCCAUCGGUGCUACUGACCAGCACCACGACAACCUCGGGGCACCCGUCGGUUCGGGCAACACCUGGCUCCACUUUUCUGGCGAGGCCAUGUCGGCCGAGCUGUUUGGUUACGUCCAGGGCGCUUGGGACGAAGGCCUGAACGCUGCCACCACGGUCGCCGCUUGUCUCGGUGGCAAGUGCCCUACCGUCGACGUGUUCGAAGCCGUCACCACGUGUGCCCAGACCGCGACCGAGUUCACCAGGCGCGAUGUGGGGACUAAGCGCAAGGGCAUGCUCGCUCGCCGCGGUGGUCGCAGGAACAGGAAGUAG